CUUCCCCGCCUCCGUUGCCUACACCCCAAAAAGUUCGACCUCUGCCACCUCAGCGCCGGCGGCGCAGACGGCGGGCCAUGGAACUCGAGAACAUCAUGGCCAACACUCUGCUACUGAAGGCUCGUCAAGCAGGACUUAGCAAAAAGAGUGGUCGUAGUAAAAAAUGGAGGGAGAUCCUGAAGCUGCCCCCAGUUAGCCUGUGCUGUGACCUAAGAUGCUCCAUCGAAAAGGAUUUUAGCAGCCUUUGUGACAAGCAGCCAAUAGGAAGACUUCUUUUCAGACAGUUCUGUGAUACAAAACCAGCUCUAAAGAGAUGCAUUGAAUUCUUGGAUGCAGUGGCAGAGUAUGAAGUUACCAUUGAAGAGGAGCAAAGAGAGUUUGGGCUAGCCAUCUUAAAUAAAUUCUUCAAAGAGAAGUCAGAAGUCCCCUUACCACAGAUACCUUCAGCUGUUGUGAAAACCUGUAAAUGGAAUCUGAAGCAGAAUUCCUCCCCUAAAAAUGUUUUCCAGGAAUGUGCUGGAAUUGUCUAUACCUAUUUGAGUGAAAAACCAUUUGAAGAAUACCAAAACAGUCCACACUUCUGUCGAUUUUUACAAUGGAAAUGGCUAGAAAGGCAGCCAGUAACAAAGAAAACGUUCAGACACUACAGAGUACUAGGAAAAGGCGGGUUUGGAGAGGUUUGUGCCUGUCAAGUACGAGCCACAGGAAAAAUGUAUGCCUGCAAAAAACUAGAAAAAAAAAGAAUAAAGAAGAGGAAAAGUGAAACUAUGGCUCUGAAUGAAAAAAGAAUCUUAGAAAAAUUGCAUAGUAGAUUUGUAGUUAGUUUAGCCUACACUUAUGAAACCAAGGAUGCCUUGUGUUUGGUGCUAACCAUUAUGAAUGGAGGGGAUUUGAAGUACCACAUUUACAAUCUGGGCAACCCUGGCUUUGAGGAGCCGAGAGCCGUGUUCUAUGCUGCAGAGCUGUGCUGUGGCUUGGAAGAUUUACAGAGGGAAAGAAUUGUAUACAGAGACCUAAAGCCAGAGAAUAUCCUCCUUGAUGAUCAUGGACACAUCCGAAUUUCAGAUCUUGGUCUAGCUUUGGAAGUUCCAGAAGGGGAGAUGGUUCGAGGAAGAGUUGGUACUGUUGGCUACAUGUCUCCAGAAAUUAUCAAUAAUGAAAGGUAUUCAUUUAGUCCCGAUUGGUGGGGACUUGGCUGUCUGCUAUAUGAAAUGAUUGAGGGACACUCUCCAUUCAAAAAAUACAAAGAGAAAGUCAGCCGGGAGGAGCUGGAAAGAAGAGUGAAGAAUGAAACUGAAGAGUACUCUGAGAAGUUUUCAGAGGAUGCCAAGUCCAUCUGCAGCAUGUUACUCAUCAAGGAUCCAAGACAUCGACUAGGCUGUCAGAAUGAUGGAGGUGGAGCUGCUGUUGUAAAGCAGCACCCAGUGUUCAAGGACAUUAACUUCAGCAGGCUGGAAGCAAAUAUGUUAGAUCCCCCUUUCUAUCCUGAUCCUCAGGCCAUUUAUUGUAAGGAUAUCUUGGAUAUUGGGCAGUUCUCUGUGGUGAAAGGAGUCAACCUGGACAGCAGUGAUGAAACCUUCUAUGCCCAAUUUGCUACAGGGUGUGUCACCAUCCCCUGGCAGAAUGAGAUGAUUGAAUCUGGAUGUUUCAAGGACAUCAAUGAAAUUGAAGAUGAGGGAGAUUUGCCAGCAUAUAAAAAACAGAAGACGUGUCCCUCCAUUCUCAGACCAAAGAGAAAUUUCUUCCGUAGACUCUUCAGAAGAGGGGUAAAAACAUAUUUUGUAAAAAGUAAACUGUUGUGGCUGGGGUUCUGCUUAGGAUAGAACAUUUGCGUAGUGUGAGCAAGGGCUUUGGUUCUAAGAAACAGUGGGCAUGUGAAUUCACACCCUCCACAUGUCUGUAUGUGUAUCAGAAGGAAAAUCUUUUCUAAGGGAAAAAUCCUCUCCCCUUUUUUGUUUUUGUUUUUUUGAGACAGGGUUUCUCUGUAGCCCUGGCUGUCCUAGAACUCAUUCUGUAGACCAGGCUGGUCUCUAACUCGGGGAUCUGUCUGCCUCUGCCUCCUGAGUACUGGGAUUAAAGGUGUGUACCACUAGUUACUUUCUUUCCUUUCUGCAAUGCCUCAUAUAAGAAAUUUCAACCUGGGUGUAGCUCACAUGUAGGAGGCUGAGGUAGAAGAAUCACUGUGAGUUUGAAGCCAGCUCACUACAUAGUGAGUCAUUAUCAGAGAGAAGGAAGAAGAAAGGAAGAGACAAGUAGACAGAUAAGCAGACACACACACACACACACACACACACACACACACACACACACACAGAGAGAGAGAGAGAGAGAGAGAGAGA